UGAGAGCGACCGUCCCCCGUCAGGGAAAGAUGGCAUGCGCUGUCCAAAAACGGAGAAUCCAACUAACUGGAUUUAAGAAACAAGAAAAGGAGGCUAUAGUUGAAUUACUACUUACGCUGGACUGUGUUUUUAUUGAUACUGAGCAAUACAGAAAUUGCACACAUCUUAUAGCAAAACAGCUUUCCAAGAGUGAAAAGUUCUUAGCUGCUUGUGCAGCAGGAAAGUGGAUACUAACUAAGGACUACAUAAUUAAUAGUGCCGAAAGUGGCAGAUGGCUUGAUGAAACAACUUAUGAAUGGGGAUAUAAAAUUGAAAAAGACUCCCAUUAUUCACCUCAAAUGCAAUCUGCACCUAAAAGAUGGCGCGAAGAACUGACAUGCUCUGGUGCUUUAGGUGCCUUCCACAGAUGGAAAGUUAUCCUCCUUGUGAAAGAAGGUGAUAAACGAAGGGAUUCUAUCACAAGAGUUCUAGAAGCUGGAAAGGCAAUUAUAUAUCCACCACAAAAGGAAGUGAGAGCUGUUACUCAUGUAUUCACUGAUAAUAAAAGCGUCACCAUAGAGAGAGAGAAACGUCUCUUUGAGGCUCCAUAUUAUCCUGUGCAAUAUAUAGGGGAUUAUCUUUUUGAGAAUGAAAUACAAAAUAUUACUGAAGAUAACCAAAUGAACCAUCUUUUAGCCGAACAAGAAGCCAGAGAUACGUCUGACAUGCAACUUGUUGCAAUGAAAAAUGCAUUAAUAAAGCAUAUGUAUUUUACUCAGACGGUGAAGCAGAAGUCUACUCAAAUAGACCAACUGAGUGGAUGUGGUACAGAGGUUAAAAAUAUUGACCUCUCCAGAGGUAUAUUGUGUAUACUUGAAGGACUAGUAGAAGGACAUUUCUUUACUGAUGUAAUCACAGAACUUGCUGCUACUCAAAAAUACUUCAUCCCUCCUGUGCAGCUUCUUCAUUCUCUUCUAGAACAUAUGCUACAGGGAAAUACAGACACAGUAUUCUCUGCUAAAUUUUUUCACAUCUUGUACAUUCUUCUUCAACUUGAUCCUCCUUGGAAGUCUCCUUCCAUGUUAAGAUAUUAUCUGGACUUCCUUCAGUGUCCUAUUUGCAUGAAAGGAACAUGGUCUCUGCUAGAGAUGCUUGUGAGAUCUUGCCUUUACUGCAAAAGCUUUUGUCAUGCAGUUUCUGUUUCAGAAAAAAAAAAUGAACAGAGGGUGGUUCACAAAACGUUACUCAAGUUUUUCUUUAAUUUAGUGAAAGCUGAAGUACAGGCUUUAACCAGAAGAUUAUGUGAAGGGGCCAAUUCACAGCUUCUGCAAGUUAUGCCACAGACAGUUCUUCUGAAGACCUUUUGGUUGGGAAGUGAAACCUCUCUGCUUUUUACCAAAUAUAUAAAUAUUCUGGUAGAUUGGGUCAUACAUUCCUAUAGAGAAAAAUUCAAAACAAAUGAUGCCUUCAAAGAUGAAGUAGCUAUACUGCUAACUGGAAUUCUUGGAACUGUAGUAGAAUAUUGGAUUCUUUCUGGCUUUAUGAUGGACAGAAACGUGUUGCAUCAAGUGGCAGAUGACCUGGCAAAUUACAUUGCCAUUUCAUGUGAUGACUUUUCAACACAGGAAUUAAAAAUGUUCAUUUGUUCCAUACCAUCUCUCUGGCUUCAAAUGUUUGUUGCAGAGGCAGUCUUUAAAAAUUUAUGUUUACGGAGGAACAUUACUAUUUCUGCCGGACCUCUUUCUCUUCACAAAAUAAUUUAUUCCUGUUUGCCUGCUUUAGGAGAAGUAGGUAUGCAUGAGACUGGGAAAGUGCAGAAAGUGAAGAAAAAGAAAAUAGGGCAGUGGCCUUGCCCUGAGUCUCAAAGGGCAUUACUGAUGCUAAAUGGUGAUAAGCAGAACCAAACCAAACGGCUGCCUGAUCUACCCGAACUGACCUUCAGUAAAUUCCCUCCGUUAUCAAAAAAGUUAAGGACAAAAGCAGAAGUUGAGAUGUCAAACACCAAAGAGAAUCGUCACCCUUUGGAUGAAGAGAUGCACUUUUACAAGACUAAUAUUAAAGGAGAGACAGCCCUGCAUAUAGCUUGCAUAAGAAACAAAGUGGAGAGAUUGAUUCAGCUUCUCCCUUUCCCUGGAACAGACAUUAAUGUUAAAGACUAUGCUGGCUGGACGCCAUUGCAUGAAGCCUGUAACCAUGGUAACACAGUGUGUGUCCGUGAAAUUUUGCAACGUUGUCCAGAGGUAGACCUGCUCAGUCAAGUGGACGGGGUGACUCCUUUGCAUGAUGCACUGUCAAAUGGACAUGUAGAAAUUGGCAAACUGCUACUUCAGCGUGGGGGACCACUGCUCCUACGGCAGAGGGACUUUUAUGGAAAAUUGCCACUGGAUUAUGUGGAGUCCCUACCAGUAAAACAAGAACUUUUGGAUAUUGUCCACCCAAAAGAGACUGUCAAGGACUUCUGUGAACGUGUGGAAAAAGAUUUCCACAACCAGCAAAGAGAACUUUGGUUAAUUUUAUUUAAUAAGAUGUUACUAAAUUUUUGUUCGGUUUAUAACUUAUCUUCACCUUCUCCUUUAUCUUUUAAAGCCCACUUAAAUUCACUUCCAUUAGUGGCUAUUAAUAGUUGUAAGUUGAAAAGUAGGUCUCUUACUGAUUGGUUAGUAGAUCUUUAUGUUGGAGAGGUACAGACUUUCCAGAAACUUCCAGAGUUUAUUCAGGAAAUAUCUGAGAACCUAAAAAAGUCUUUUGGAGAACAGAUAUAUCCCUUAUUGGCAACACUAGAAACUAUUGCUAUGGCAACUCAGGUGGCUACUUUUCAUCUUUCUAACAACUAAGAUUAAUUUU